UAAGUACUUGCUUGUAAUUAGGAAAAGGUGCAACAAAAAGCAAGAAUGUUUCCGCAUGUGCUACUUGCAAUAUCCACCGCGGUCGCAAGCGCCGGUGCGGCGCCCAUACACCGGGGCAUAAAAAACGACCCUCUGGUGUUCAUCUCGAACCCUAUAGAAUCCGAGUUUCCUGGACACUGGAUCCCCGAGAGUAUCCUCAAAAGAAUUUUAAAUAGACCAAAUAACCCAUCUACAAAAGAACCGUUGAAAGCUACAAAAGAACGAUUGAGAGCAACAAAAUCUAUUAUUGUACCCAAAACUGUUAAGCGUACGACUCCAACAAUUCCAACAACAACUGAAAAACCAACAACUAAGGAACCUACAACUGAAGUACAAACAACCACUCCCGAAACUACCGAAACAACGCCAAUACCAUCCCCAACAACAACACCCGCCGCAACUCCAACAACAGAACCAACGACAACAACAGAACCAACGACAACAACAGAACCAACGACAACAACAGAACCAACGACAACAACAGAACCAACAACAACAACAGAACCAACAACAACGACAGAACCAACAACAACGACAGAACCAACAACAACAACAGAACCAACAACAACGACAGAACCAACAACAACGACAGAACCAACAACGACAGAACCAGCCAAACCCACAAAACGUACAAGAUCAACCACAACAACGACCCCCAUGGGGAGUAAUACUAAUGGUAACAAUAUAAAUGGAUUGUUUCCCAACGUUCUACUUGCAAUAUCCACCGCGGUCGCAAGCGCCGGUGCGGCGCCCAUCCACCGGGGCAUAAAAAACGACCCUCUGGUGUUCAUCUCGAACCCUAUAGAAUCCGAGUUUCCUGGACACUGGAUCCCCGAGAGUAUCCUCAAAAGAAUUCUAAAAAGACCAAAUAAUUCAUCUACAAAACAACCGUUGGAAUUUACAAAACGACGAUUGAGAGCAUCAAAACGUAGAACUCAGCGUACUACUACUCGCGCCAUUACCACUAAAAAACCAACAACUAAGGAACCUACAAGUAAAGUACAAACAACCACUCCCGAAACAACAACAACGACUACAACAACAACAACAACUCCAACCACAACACCUACCACGUCACCAACAACAAUAACAACAUCAGCCACGACGCCUACAACAACAGAACCAACAACAACACCGACCACCACCCCAACAACAACAACAACAACACCGACCACAACAACACCAACCACAACGCCAACAACAACAACACCGACCACUACAACGACAACCACUACGCCAACAUCAACCACUACGCCAACAACAACCACCACGCCGACAACAACCACUACGCCAACAACAACCACCACGCCGACAACAACCACUACGCCAACAACAACCACCACGCCGACAACAACCACUACGCCAACAACAACAACAAAACCAACAACAAUGAACCCAACAACAACAAAACCAACCACAACAACACCAAUAACAACAACAAAACGUGGGAUAAGAAGAUCAACAACAACAACAGUGACAACUACAACGGGUGAAAUCUCUAACGCUAUAAAUGGAUGA